AAUGGUUGUUUGGACACUUAAAACAUGGCUCGGUUUUGGACUUGGAAUUCUUUCAUUUUCUGGCUUGAUUGUCAAUCUGCUCGUUGUCAUUCCCGUAUUUCGAUUGGCAUUUCUACAAAACAAGAGUCCGAUUUAUGUGAUUUCUUUCAUAAAUAUCGUUACCGACAUUGUGAAUGUUUUGAUGGCUACAUGCUACCUGGCACCGUCAAUUAUGUUUGAGACUUAUUUCUUCACUGAAAAUAAAACCGCAACUAUCCCAAAAUUGAUGGGAUCUACAUUCAUGUUCUGUUGGUAUCUAACAUCAAUCACUCAAAUUGUAAUGGCUGUGAAUCGUGUUAUUGUGAUUUGUUUUAGAAGAAGUGACCUUUUCACUCGAACAAAUAUAUGCAAAUUAUUUUGCAUCAUCAUUCCAUUCUGUUUCUUCUUAAUGUAUAUGGCUCAAUAUGGAACUCCCUGCUGCUUUUUUGUUUUUGAUCACGUGGUUCUGUCGUACUCCUACAACCAAAUAGAUGGUCUUGACAAUUAUCCAAAUAUGUUCAUAGAUCUUCCAUUGAAUACUACUAGUUCGACAAUUGCUACAAUUUGUUAUGCUAUGAUUGUCUGGACGGUUCGGCAAUCAACAAAAGGAAUUGCUUCCUCUUUAUCUACUCAACCUGGUAGAAGGUCUAGAAAAAACAGAGAAGUGACUUACGCAAUGCAAUUCUGCUUUAUCUCAAUGUUCUAUACUUUCUCUUGGAUAACAUUCCGUGUUUUCCCAAUUGCAAUUGGCGAUAGAGGACUUGAAUGGUUCAUUUGUAUCUCAGCUGCCGUAACCAUCAACAGUAGUGCAAAUGCUCUUGUGUAUCUUAUCAGCAAUCAAGAAGUAUGGCGAAAUUUGAAAUCGAGUGGCUUGAACAUUUUCAACCGUGCGGCAAACUCAUCGGAUGUUGGAAACAACUCUACAGAUGGUCACAGCGUUGUCAGAAACAGUCAUAACACAAACACAAAUACCAAUACUUCUAAAUAUUGAAGAUAUUCAGAUCUCCGGAAAAUAUUAUAUUCUGUAUUUUUGUCCGGAUAACUUUAUUCUACUUAAUCAAU